AUGCAUCAUGCAGAUGCAUUGAUCACUGAUUUUAGUGAUUUAAAAAAGGAAGAACGCUAUCAGAAUCUAGCGAAAAGUUUGAAAGUAACUCGUUUAAUAACAAAUGCAAAAUCACAAUUAAUUCCAUGGUCGAGUUGUUCUAGUAUAAAUGGUGAUCCGUCAGAUGCGAAUUAUACAUUAGCUUCACAAUUCUCAAAGACUGGCAGAGAAAUUAUCACAUCUUCACGAAAUUUAAAAAAUCUCAUUCAUAAACGAUCGUGUUAUUCACCAAUGGCAACGUCAAGUGUCAAGAGAUUUUGUGUAAAUGAAAAAAAUUCAAAUGAUAAAGAAAUUAUGCCACCUCCAAGUUCUUAUGGAAUUCGAACACCUCUCAAGAGAACUGCUUCCGCGGAUCCUCCACAGGAACGAAGUAAAUUCUCCCGUCAAUCGACGCAUGAUAACAAUCAUUUUUCUGAAGAAAAACAAACAACGCACUUUGAUUUAAAUUCGAGUGAAGAUUUUUCAGAAGAUCACGUCGGUGGUCCUUCUGAUUCACAAAAGGAGAAAAACAGCGAUCGACAUUUUUAUCGAUGGAGAGUUUUUCUCAAUGAUCGGGGAGAAUUAUUGAUUAAAGGAUUACUGAACAAUGAAAUAUGGGCUCGCAGUAAACCAGUUGCAGAAAUGCUGUCACCGACAAAAUUGAAAUCGAAAUAUCAGCACACGUACUAUCUUAAUGGGAAUAUAAUCGAUGAAAAGAAUGAAUUACCAAAAUAUAUUUACCAGAAAUUCUAUAAUGGAUUUCUCGACGAUUGGCGAAAUGUUCAUGUAAUAUGGAAAAACUACGUCGCUCAGGGAUGCAGUGAAAAUUUUCGCUGGCCAAUGGACGUCAAUUACAGUGAUGAUGAUCUAAACAGUGAAAUAACAGAUAUUACUCAUAUGCAAAAAACAGCAAAGAAAUUCCGAUCAUUUGGUUACAGUUCUGAUUUUCCCCAUGAAAGAGAAACAACAAAAACUAUCGAUAAAGCCCGAAAAAAUCAAUCAAUAGGAAAUAAUUUUACAGUAAUUACCGAAGAAUUCAGCGAAAAAGAAAAUAGAAGUCUACACGAAUCUCGAAAUCAGACAAAUAUGACUAUGGAUACUUCAUGCUCGGGAAAAUUAUACACAGCACUAAAUUACGCUAUAAGUUUAAAGGAUAUUAUUUUCGAAAAUAAACUCACAUUCAUAACACAAAAUUUACUGCACGAAAAAUGUCCCAAGGAAUACGUUCAAUGUGUGAGUAGAACAAUUAGAGAUUUGAAUAAUAUUCUUUCCGUUAAAAUUGGCGAUCAAGAUGAAAAUACCUUAAAAAAGUUCAUGGACAAUCUUCACACGAAAGAUUCAGAAAAUUUUACUCCAGCUUCUUGUUUAGGACAAGAUGACGAUUAUACUUCCCGACUGGAUGAAUGUGAGGCAAAUAGUGAAAAACUCACAAAAAAUAGUUCUAACGAUAUUAAUGAGAAAUUGAUGAGACAAAUUACAACCGAUAAAAUAGUACAAGAAAAUGAUACUGAAGGUUUGAGCAAAAAUAAAAAUAAAGAGUAUGCAUUAAAUUCCAAUGUCGAGAAGAAUUUAAAUUUAAAUUUUAAUGCUAAAACAAAAACCCAAGAAACAGAUUCCGAAAGUGAAAUAUAUGCCGGUGUGCCUAAAAUAUCGGAGAAAAUAUUACAAUCGAAAAUCUAUCACAAACGACAGAGAAAAAUUGACACUAACGGAAAAAGUAGAAUACGAAGCACUAAUAAAGAAUCUAAAAAUGAUUUACACUACGAUUCAAGUGUUAGUAUUCUCGAGGAUGAAUUUCAUAAAAAUACCACAGAUAACGAGAGAAUUGUACGAGUAGAUUCGAAAAAUUCGACCACCGGAAAUCAUUCAAAAGUCGAUGAUUUCUUAAAAGAAAGAAGAGCAGAUCCACUAAGAGAAAAUCACGUUAUUGAUGAUAAUAAAAGUUCCAGUAAAAUUCCCCUUUUCUUCAAAUUGCCAAAUACAAAUAACGAUAAUAAAAAAUCAAUUGUCAAUAAGGAAAAUAUAGACGACGAUAAUAUUUUUCAACGAAGAGAUAUUAAUGACUAUCCAGAUUCUACGCAACGUAAGGAAAUACAAAAUCAAAAACCAAUAAUUACAAAUACGGAAAAUGUGAAUUUUCAUAAUUUUAAAAAACCUCAAAAUCCAACAAUUGAACAGAAUCCACAUGUUUUGAAACAAUCUCAAGUUAGACAGAAUCAAGAAGAGAAAAUUGGGGAAAUUGGUAAAAAUUCAUCUCAAGAUACUUUUGGUUCUGUGGAGAAUCCGAAAAUUUUUACAAAUUGGAUACCACUCGUUACAUUCGUUGGCAAUAAGUGUCAACUCGUUUUUGAAGGAACAUUGUUGAACUCGGUUGGUCAACUGAUGAAAAAGAAAUUAACUAAAAGUCAAGUUGUAAAACGAAUUUCUACUUCCACGGUCGAGACAUCAGAUCAUCAAUUUUAUAAACUACUUGGGGAGAUUAGUGUUAAAAAACAUGAAGCAGAAGAGACACCGCAGAGAUCGUUGAAAAAAGGAAGACCACCAAAGAGACUGCAGACGAGAACAACGAGAAAAAGGACUAAAAUUAUCGCCACUACAAAAACAUCGCCAAAUGUUGUUGAAUCAAUUACUGAGGACAGUGAUGAAUCGUUCGCAAUUAAGGUUAAUAAGACAAAAGCAGGUUUUUCCACUCCAGUGAAAAAAUCAUUGGAAGGAUUGAGAAAUUCAUCGUUCGCCGUCGAUCAACCUGAUGAAUUAUUGGGUAAACAAGUAUUUGCCAAAUGGUCUGAUAAUAAUUAUUACGCUGGACAUGUGAUGGAUACGAAUAAGACAAAGUAUAAAGUUAAUUUUCUCGAUGGUAAGAGUAAACAAUUAAUAGCUGAAUUUAUUAUUCCAAUUUCGGAGACAUUUGGCAAUGGACUCUCUGUUUAUACAUUGACAAAGGAUGGGGAUUAUGGACCAUGCGGAAUGAUUGUUGAUAUUGUCGAGACAAAUAAUAAAGUGUCUUAUGUAAUUGAGCCAGAUGAGGGCAAAAAAAUUACUGUUCAAAUUAAAGACAUUUUCCUCACGCCCGAUCAAGCUCAAGUUUUAAAGGAGGAAGUGUGGAGCGAACAAAAGAGUCUUCCAUCAACGCCUCACUCGAUUACGCAGGUGACAUUGGACAAUAUGGUGGACGGUAAACGGUGUUCACGACGAAAUACAUCAACAGCACCAACACCGAAAUCAAAGAAAUCAUUGACAAACUUAAUUAAUAAAACAACUGAAGAUGAGCCAUUUGUCUCGGGCGUUGCUUCUAAAUCGAAAGAGGCGGAAAAAGAUAAAGAUGUCGAUAAAGAUGGAAAGACAAGUGACUCGAAUUGUUCAAUUAUCGAUGAAAAUGGAGUGCAUGGAGUUCAAAAGGAAAUUCCUGGUACGGCUAAUGAACAAAUAACAACAAAGGGCCCACAGAGUAGAAUAAAGGGAAAGCAACGUAAUCGAAAGAAGAGCGACGACCAAGAGACUAUUGAUCUUCUUGGACCAAUUCCCGAGGCGAAUUCAAAAAUUUUCGAUGGAAUGUCCUUUGUAUUGACUUGCGCUUCCGUGGAGAGUAUCGAUAGAUACAAUGUCGACAAUGGAACUGAUUCAAAUUCAUCGGAAGUUGGAACUGAAAAUGAGGAAGUUUGGAAUGGUCGGCCAUUUGUUAGGGAGCGUUUGGAGCAACAAAUUGUCGCUGGCGGUGGUAAAGUUUACGAAAGUUUUGAUCUCAUACCAGUUAGUGAAUAUGAAAGUACUAAACUCAUUACAAAUUUGCCAAAUUUAACUGCAAAGAGUUUGCUCUGCCUUUCCGUUGGCAUUUCUGCUUCCAAUCACAUGUGGGUGAUUCGAUCGUGUCAAAAUAACAAACCUGUGAAUCCCUCGGAAGAAAAAUUGCCAGCCGGUUGGAGUAUAGAUAGGAGAAGUUACGUUGAAAUGUUCAAUCGACGAGAUCAAAAACCAUUGAUGCAUACAAUUGUAGUGAUUCCCUAUCAGGAGGAGUGCGACAAGGAAUUCGUUUCAUUUUGGAGUAGAAUUUGUGAGAACGCUGGCGGAAAUGUGAGAGUUGUCGACAAUCUUUUGAUUAUUUAUGUUUAUUUUCGUUCGUUCAGAGAAAUGUUCAUGAAACAGCGUUUGAUUUUUCCCGCGAAUUUAAAAAAGUUAUACUUUUGGGAUUAUUUAUGUUUAUUUUAGUUUAUUUAGAGAAAUGUUCAUGAAUAAGCGUUUGAUUUUUCCCGCGUAUUUAAAAAAAGCAUACCUUUUUGAUUAUUUAUGUUUAUUUUCGUUUGUUUAGAGAAAUGUCCAUGAAAAAGCGUUUGAUUUUUCCCGCGUAUUUAAAAAACA